AUGACGACGACGAUGUCAAAUCUUCUAAAGGAUAUGGUAGAGGAGAUCUUGUCUAGGGUUCCUUCCAAAUACACGAAACAAAUGAGAUUAACUUGCAAAAACUGGAACGCUUUGUUCGAAAACAAGAGCUUUAGGAAGAUGCACAUUGAAAAAGAAGAAGCAGCAGCUAGAAAAUUAGGGUUGACACGAAUGGUCAUGAUGAUGAAUCACAAUGUUUAUCUAAUGGGCAUCACCGUCAAUGAGAAUCCAUCCAUACACUGUCUAGGUAAACUCGGUUCAAAAAAAGUCAAGAUAAACCAAGUCUAUCAUUGUGAGGGUUUAUUGUUAUGCAUCUUGAAAGAUGAUGAUACUACUAAGGUUUUGGUUUGUAAUCCGUAUUUGAGGCAAACAAGGUGGAUCCAAACAAGAAAGUUUCACCAUGCAGGUGAAUAUUUUUACAUUUACGCUAUCGGAUAUAAUGAUAAUAGCCCGAAAAUUUUGAGGUUUAUUAUCAGACAAGAACAAAACCUCACUUUAAGGUAUGAAAUCUACGAUUUUGAUACUGAUUUAUGGACUAUUUUCGAAGUGACUCCAAACUGGCGUAUAGUAUGUCAUGGCGGCUUUUCUCUCAAGGGAAAUACUUACUGGUGUGCUGUAGAAGUACAAAAUGCACUCAGUGUAGUAAAUCAUAUAAUCUGUUUUGAUUUUACAAGAGAGAGAUUUGGACAGCUUAUACCUCUACCGUUUAAGGCUUUAGGUUUACAGUUUGCUUCGUUUUCUUCGAUUAGAGGUGAGAACAUGGCGGCUUUGUUUCAGUCAAUGGAGUCACUAAAGGUUGAGAUAUGGGUUACUACUAAGAUUGAUGGCGAAAAUGCGUCGUGGAGCAAUUUGUUCACAUUGAAUAAUAUGCCAUAUCUUGACAAGAAGCUUAUAUGUACGACUUUCUUGUUGGACGAGGAGAAGAAAGUUGCGGUGUGUUUUGAUGAUGAAAGGAUUGGCACACACAAUGUUAUUAAUAUCAUAGGAGAGGCUGGAUUCUUGAGGAAAUUGGAGCUUGGAGAACCCGCAUGCGUAGGUUGGCCACGCUUGUGUCCUUAUGUUCCAAGUAUAGUGCAAAUCAAGAAACGUAAUAGAGUGAAAGGAUAA